ACUUGUUUGUUUAUUCGCAUGUCGACUUUGAUCCAAGAUGUACGAAACUAAGGAUAUAACUUGCGUUGUUACUGGUGGAGCUCAAGGAAUCGGGCUCGCAAUCGUCGAAAAUUUUCUUGUCAAUGGUGCCAAACAUGUAAUUAUAUUAGAUUAUAACGAGGAAGAGGGAAAUAAAGUUGUUAAGGAACUGCAAAAUAAAUACAGUGGUGAUUGUGUUUUUAUUCGUUGUGACAUAACUAGAGACUUAGAUUCAGUUUAUAGUGAACUCAUCAAGAAAUAUAAACAUAUAGAUGUAUUUGUAAAUAACGCUGGAAUAUCUGAUACUGAUAACCCCAGAAGGACGAUGAAUGUUAACGCCGUUUCACUUAUAGAAUGGACUUUCAAGGUUUACGAAGAUAUGAGAAUCGAUAAAGGAGGAAAAGGAGGUACCAUUAUAAAUAUAGCUUCUAUACUUGGUUAUGAAAAUACACCAAUUCUGCCAACGUACCAGGCAUCAAAGCACGCUGUAAUUGGUUUCACAAAAUCAUUGGGUCACGAAGUAAAUUACAAUCAGACGGGUGUUAGAGUUGUUGCUAUAUGUCCAGGUAUGACCACCACAAAUCUAGAGAGAAAUUCGAACGAGAAACGCAGUGACACAUUAACUCGAAUGUUAUUAGAAAAACUCAUUACCCAAGAACCUGAUAAUGUUGGCAAGGGGACUCUGGAUGUGUACAAGAAUGCUGAAAGUGGAACUUUUUGGCUUGUAGAACAAUCGCAGCCUCCCCUUAAAGUAAAUCUAGAAGUCAAAUUUGGCUCGUCAGGAAAUAGUAUCGUAUAAUAUAAUAAUGUCGUUCUUUCCAAACCUGUUUCCAGCAUAUGUGCAAUAGUAAAUUAUUGAGUUGUAUAUUAAAUAAUUUUUUAAUAAAUGAUGCUUGCUAGAG